ACACAUUGUCGCAUUGACACAAACACUUGGCUGGAGAGUUCCUGAAUUGACCCGGUUUGGCGACUACCACGCGAUGACGAUGAACAUCUUCAGGAUACUCGGCGACUUGUCGCACCUCGCGUCAAUCUUCAUAUUGCUGGCCAAGAUGAAGUCUUCAAGUAGCGCAUCCGGUAUCUCCUUCAAAUCGCAAUUCCUAUACCUCACAGUCUACGUAACGAGAUAUCUCGACUUGUUCUGGACCGAUCCGACUAAGAGUCUUUGGAACACGACAUUCAAGAUCAUCUUCAUCGGAGCGCAAGGAUAUACGAUAUAUCUUAUGCUGAACGACUACAAGCCAACACACGACCCGAAUCAAGAUACGUUCAAGGUGGAAUACCUAGUGGGAGGGGCUGCAGUCUUAGGCUUACUGUUUCCAUACAAGUACAAGCCGGCUGAGAUGCUUUGGGCUUUCUCAAUCUGGCUGGAAUCUGUGGCUAUCCUUCCGCAACUGUUCAUGUUGCAAAGGACAGGAGAGGCUGAGACGAUCACGACGCACUACCUGGCUGCAUUGGGCGCAUACCGAGCACUGUACAUUCCAAACUGGAUCUGGAGAUAUUUCGCUGAAGGGGGAUACUGGGAUCCAAUCCCUGUCUUUGCUGGCAUCAUCCAGACUGUGCUUUACACGGACUUCUUUUGGAUCUACUACACCAAAGUGCUUCAAGGCGGAAGGUUCAACCUUCCGGUAUAGCAUGCUCGAAGGAAGAGCGGGCCGCGCAUCGAGGGUCCUUUCAAGUAUGACUUCAAGGGACGAUCAAGGGCAUGGAGCACUUUUUAAUGCAUAGUCAGGCGUGAUGGCUGCAUUGGCGUUGAAAAGAGCCGGUGAUAUGGCGAUUCUGGAGGGCACAAUGAGAAGAAGUAGGAGUCCAGGAUAAGUCUAUGGCUGGGCUGAUGAUAUGAUACCAUGUACGUUUCAGAGAAGCAGAUGCGAUGGUGUACGAGCAGUGAGCAAGGCUUGUCUACCGCGACGGCCUGAACACUAAUGAUACGAAGCUGAACCCAUUCCCAGCCUGGCGUGGGGUGGGGUGACAGCAGAGAGCGUUUUGGCGCCCAGCGGAAGCUUCACGUAGGCAGCCCGUAUUUAGGCAACGAGACCAAAUUUUCACAG